AUGAAUGUGUCCAGCAGAGAAACCACCCACUCUGUUACCCACUUUAUCCUCCUGGGCUUUCCCUCAAGCCCAGAAAUGCAGCUCCUCUACUUCAGGCUCUUCUCAGCAGCCUAUAUCCUCACCCUGACGGGGAACACGGCCAUUGUCUGUACUGUGCGGCGGGAUCAGCGCCUUCACACCCCCAUGUACAUCUUCUUGGGGAAUUUCUCUUUCCUGGAAAUAUGUUAUGUCACCACAACCGUCCCUAAUAUGUUAGCCAACUUCCUGUCCUCAAGCAAGUCCAUCUCCUUUGUGAGUUGUUUUGCACAGUUCUACUUCUUCUUCUCUCUCGGGUGUGACGAGGGCUUCUACCUUUGCGUCAUGGCCUUUGACAGGUAUCUUGCCAUCUGCCGUCCUCUGCGUUACUCACGCAUCAUGACUAAAGAGCUCUACACUGGCCUCGUCAUCUUUGGGUGGUCCGGUGGGUUCAUUCUCUUCCUAACCCCAGUUGUUCUCAUUUCACGGUUGCCCUUUUGCAACCCAAAUAUCAUCGACCAUUUUAUAUGUGAUCCUGUCCCUUUGAUGAUGCUGUCCUGUUCUGAAGACACCACCACACAACUCAUUUACUCUACUUUCAAUGCUAUUUUCAUGACCGGCACCUUCCUCUUCAUCCUCUGCACCUAUGCACUGGUGAUUCUGGCUGUGGUAAGGAUGCCCUCAGCAGCCAGCAAACGCAAGGCUUUCUCUACUUGUGCUUCUCAUCUGGCUGUAGUAAUUCUGUUUUUUGGCUCUGUUAUGGUAAUGUAUGUUAGUCCUGGAUCAGGACACCCAGUGAAAGAGCAAAAAAUUGUUACCUUAUUUUAUGCUGUAAUAACACCCCUUUGCAAUCCUAUAAUUUACAGCCUCAGGAACAAUGAGAUGAAGGCUGCUCUAAGGAAAGUCUUUUGGGCUGAAAUAUCUGUUCUUAAAGCAUAAAUCAGAAGUCAUAGUGAACUAAGUUGCAACACAAGCUGUCUGAAUAAGACAC